GUUACCCAUGUGACACAUUUUAACCAAUCCAGACCCCGGAUAUGCUAAGCGCUGGGAAGCAGCCUUUCCCGCUUCUACGACGCAACGUCAUCAACCAACGACGGCUUGGCUUGAGCCUCGCGCUUCAGCGGUAUCCAGUGGUUACACAGCUGACAAAAACAGAGCUAUAAGUUAGCGAACAACAUAUCCAUUUUUGGGAAAAAUAGGCAUACAUGUUGAAUGAGAACUAUUUUGUUCUGUUAUACCGUAGCUAUGCUAACAAGAGAUGACACAGUCUAUUAUUGUGCAAGUCGGCCAGUGUGGUAAUCAGGUGGGCUGCAGGUUCUGGGAUCUGGCAUUACGGGAACACGCUCACGUCAAUAAAAAAGGAAUUUAUGACGAAGCAUUAAGCAAUUUCUUUAGAAAUGUUGACACCAGGAGAAGUGACGGGGAGAACAGUGACAUCACUGGUGGAAAGAUCCGAUCCCUCAAGGCUAGGGCAGUCCUCAUCGACAUGGAGGAAGGUGUCGUGAACGAGAUUCUGCAGGGCCCUCUGCGAGACGUAUUCGACAACACGCAGCUGGUGACAGAUGUGUCAGGGUCCGGCAACAACUGGGCUGUUGGACACCGGAUAUAUGGGCCCGCGUGCCAAGAGCAGGUGGUGGAGAAGGUGCGCCGGGCCGCGGAGCAUUGCGACAGCCUCCAGUGCUUCUUCCUCAUCCACUCCAUGGGGGGAGGAACUGGAUCUGGCCUGGGAUCCUACGUGUUGAGACUCCUGGAGGAUGAGUUUCCCGAGGUGUACAGGAUUGUGACGUCCGUGUACCCCUCCGCUGAGGACGACGUCAUCACGUCCCCGUACAACAGCGUCCUGGCCAUGCGAGAGCUGAGUGAGCGUGCGGACUGCGUCCUGCCUGUGGAUAACCAGUCCCUGGUCGAGAUAGUGAACAAGAUCCGGUACAUGUCCCACCAGGGAAAGCCUGGCCACGUUAUAAAGAAGGACAGCACUGUCAUCUCAGGCCAGGGUGGGGCCUGCGGAGCAGAGAAGCCCUUCGAUGCCAUGAACAACAUCGUGGCAAACCUGCUGCUUAAUCUGACCAGCUCCGCCCGUUUCGAUGGAUCCCUCAACAUGGACCUGAAUGAGAUCGCCAUGAACCUGGUGCCCUUCCCACGGCUGCACUAUCUGGUCUCCAGUCUCACCCCGCUGUACACGUUAGCGGACGUCAGCGUCCCGCCGAGGAGGCUGGAUCAGAUGUUCACAGAUGCCUUCAGCAGAGACCACCAGCUCAUCCGGGCAGACCCCAAGCACAGCCUCUACUUGGCUUGUGCGCUUGUUGUCCGGGGCAAUGUUCAAGUAUCUGACCUUCGUAGGAACAUCGAGAGGUUAAAACCCUCCCUGCCCUUCGUGUCCUGGAACCAGGAAGGUUGGAAAACCAGCCUGUGCUCAGUCCCCCCCGUGGGCCACACCCACUCCCUGCUGGCUCUGGCCAACAACACCUGCGUGAAGCCCACCUUCUUGGAACUCAAGGACAGGUUCAUGAAGCUCUACAGGAAGAAGGCCCACCUGCAUCACUACCUGCAUGUUGAGGGUAUGGAACAGGGCUGUUUCACAGAGGCCAUUUCCUCUCUAUCUUCACUGAUAGAGGAAUACAGUCAGCUGGACGCCACCAAGCGCAUGCUGACCCCAGACGUGCCCAGGCUCACUAUCGCCACCUAAUGCUCUGUCUCACUCCUACGGUCAGCUGAAAGAUAUUUACCAUCUGUACUUCAUAAACGCAAAUUAGCGGUUGGAAAAUGAAUGGAGUCACUAUAAGCAAUUUAAACGUGUGUUUGUAUGUUUUUGUGUGUGGCUAUUUUGGUUUGACCUUGUAGCGAAAUGCAUCUUAUUUACCAACCAUCUUAGAUCUUAGAUUGGAUGCUUGUGCUUAACCAGUCACUGUGAAUAGAUUUAUACUGUAAUGUUAUUUUGCUUGUUCCUAAACACAUGUCUUUAUGCCCAAGAAAAUCAUUUAUAAUAAAUAAUCAAUUGAAAUCAC